AUGGCAGACCAACUCACCGAAGAACAAAUCUCAGAAUUCAAGGAAGCCUUCUCAUUAUUUGAUAAGGAUGGCGAUGGUACUAUUACCACCAAAGAACUCGGGACUGUUAUGCGAUCAUUAGGACAAAAUCCGACUGAGGCCGAACUUGGUGAUAUGAUUAAUGAAGUCGAUGCCGAUGGAAAUGGGACGAUUGACUUUCCAGAAUUCUUGACCAUGAUGGCUCGAAAGAUGAAAGAUACGGAUUCGGAGGAAGAGAUCCGGGAGGCAUUCAAAGUGUUCGACAAGGAUGGCAACGGUUUCAUUAGUGCAGCUGAGCUCCGCCACGUGAUGACUAAUCUCGGUGAGAAAUUGUCGGACCAAGAAGUGGAAGAAAUGAUCCGAGAAGCUGAUGUGGAUGGGGAUGGAGCCAUCAACUACGAAGAGUUCGUUCGGAUGAUGCUCAGCAAAUGA